CUGGAGGCUUUCGCACACACAUUGUGCUUGAAGUUAGUGGACGAAAAGUUUCCACCUUUCAAUUCAGAGUCAUAUUUUGACUAAUCAAAACUUUUGCUUCAAAAUUAACGAAAUUUAGUUAUGACUGCAAGUGAAGUUCCGAUUUCGGGUCUCUCCGUUUUUGACUUUCACGACAUAACCUGGCGAUAUCUCGGACAAAUGCCGCCAACGAAGAAAUUAUACCGUUACUCGUAUUAUGUAUAUUCACUACUUUUAAAUAUAAUCGUAACGAUUGGCUAUCCCACGCAUCUGAUGAUUGGCCUGAUCAAAAGUGACAGCAAAGCGGAUGUGUUCAAGAAUAUGACAAUCAACUUCACCUGCCUGGCAUGUAGCAUCAAGACAGUGGCUAUUUGGUGGCGUCUAGCGGAGGUACAUAAGAUUUAUGCCAUCAUCUCGAAGCUCGAUAAACACAUAUCACAGCCUGCUGAUUGCCAAUUGUACAAAAUGGUCGCAGUGCGUCGCGCUCAGCGUGUGCUCUACUUUGUACUCGUCAUUGGACUCGGCGCUUCGAUUUCAUCGGAAGUUGCCACCAUAAUUGGUGGUUUUCUGGGCGAUUGGCGUCUCAUGUAUCCGGCAUAUUUUCCCUUCGAUGUAGAGCGUAGCGUCUGGGGUUACGCAACCGCGCAUCUGUACCAGUGUAUUGGUGUAACUGUGCAGAUCUUCCAAAAUCUCAUCAAUGAUACGUUUCCACCCAUGGCACUGGCGAUGUUGGCUGGCCACGUACGUUUGUUGAAUGUGCGUUUGGCACGUGUGGGGCACGAUGCACGCGCCGCCGCGGUGCGCCGACAGGUGCCCAAUGCUCAGUUCUUGCUGUGCGUGGAGGACUACAAAGAUUUGCUAGAGUUUCGUGUUGCAAUUCAACGCAUCUGCUCUCUUGGCACUUUUGUGCAAAUUCUGGUUACCGCCAUCAAUAUGGGUGUGGUCAUUGUUUAUUUAAUCUUCUAUGUUGACGGCAUAUUCACAUAUAUCUACUAUAUAGUAUUCUUGAUUGCAAUGCCAUUGGAGGUGUUUCCGCUGUGCUACUACGGCACUUGCAUGCAGUUGGAGUUCGAGCAGCUGACCUACGCCAUAUUUUCCUGCAACUGGAUGGAUCAGAGUGUAGCGUUCAAGAAGAAUCUACUCAUCUUCGCGGAGCAAUCGUUGCGUGAGCAAAUCGUAAUUGCCGGUGGCAUGUUUGCCGUUAAUUUAGGUACUUUCUUUGCGACUUUGAAGUUUGCAUACUCUCUCUUUACACUCGUGGUACAAAUGAAAUAGGGGCGAAGAAAGCAAAGUUUGUGUAUUUAGAAGUUGUUUAUUGUCAAAAUAUACUUUCUUCUAUAGCUAAUAAAGCAUAAUUCGUAGCUUCAGCUUAAAGUCUUAAAAUUUGGUGAUUAACUGACUUAAUCUGAGCUUUGAAAAAAUCGAGUUUCACUUUUUCUGAGCUAGCAAAAUUCCGUGGAGCACUUUGUUGUUGUUGUUGUAGCGGCAGAAAUCUGCCAAGUUCACAGUCCUUGGCCGUAUAAAAAUCCGGGUCCGUUUCGGUUACGUAGACCCGACUGGGAACAAGGUGGAGCAUUUUCGGAAAUGAUGGUUAAAAUUUUAAUUCGUUGCUGCCACUAUUUUCCUUUCUAGUCUCACCGAAGAAUUGAGUUCAUGUUGCAAAUUUUACCUAAGCCUCAGUUUCUCUCUAAAAAAAUAAUUAUUGAACCCUACAUUUCAGCCAGUUUCAUUGGAAUGAAUAUACAUAAAUAGGUGAUUCUCCAGUAACUGAAAAUCUGAGUCUACUAAACCUUUGUCUCCAGCUUUCUAGCGAUAAAGAGAAGUAAUUGACCGUUAUUGUAGAAGAACAAAGCAGAUAACUAAGUAGCAUUUCAGUCGCUGACCUCACGGCUUCAUGAGUCAUGUAAACCAUAUUUCAAACACAUGUAAA